GGGGGGGGAACGAGUCCUGUGCGCCUGCGCUGACCUUCUGGCUCGGCUGGACGGGGGAUAGCGACGGUGCCUCGGCGAAUCUGUGGCGACCCGACGGGAGCAUGGGCAAAGAGCAGGAGCUGCUUGAAGCGGCGAGGACGGGCAAUGUGGCCGUGGUGGAAAAGUUGCUGAGCGGCAAGCAUCGGUUGUCGGCAGGCGGCAGUGGCGGAACCGUGUCCUUGCCUCAGCUUUCCAACCUUCUCAGUAUUUGGAGAGGGCCAAAUGUCAAUUGUGUGGAUUGCUCGGGAUAUACUCCACUGCACCAUGCUGCUCUAAAUGGACAAAAGGAAGUUGUUGAAAUGCUGCUGAAGAACGACGCCUCCACUAACAUUGCAGAUAAUAAAGGAUGCUAUCCACUUCACUUGGCUGCUUGGAAAGGGGAUGCACAGAUAGUGAGACUACUUAUUCAUCAAGGACCAUCUCAUGCAAAAGUUAAUGAACAGAAUGCUAUUGAGUGCAAAGACCUCAAAAAGUAUGGCCCUUUUGAUCCUUAUAUCAAUGCAAAGAAUAAUGACAAUGAGACAGCUUUGCACUGUGCAGCACAGUAUGGUCACUCAGAUGUUGUAAAAGUUCUUCUUGAGGAACUCACAGAUCCCACGAUGAGAAACAACAAGUUUGAAACUCCGCUGGACCUGGCUGCAUUGUAUGGGAGGUUGGAGGUAGUGAAAAUGCUACUCAUUGCACACCCAAAUCUACUGAGCUGUAACACCAAGAAGCACACACCACUUCACUUGGCAGCAAGAAAUGGGCAAAGAGCAGUUGUGCAAGUCCUUCUCGAAGCAGGAAUGGACAUUAACUAUCAGACAGAGAAGGGUAGCGCACUUCAUGAAGCUGCAUUAUUUGGAAAGACAGAUGUGGUCCAGAUACUUUUAGCUUCUGAAAUUGAUGUUCAUAUUAAAGAUGUGCGUGGGAAGACAGCAUUGGAAAUUGUGAAGGAACAUCCAGCUCAGAAGAGUAAGGAGAUAGCAACUCUUAUUCAAGAUCAUAUAGCAGGAAAAAAGAUCCCAAAGUACACAGAAAAUACUGUUCCAGUGUCUAAAACACACCCAGUUUCCAUUCCUGAGCCUGGUAAUCAACAAUCAGUCGGUGAGGAACAGUUGGAAUUAUGCAAGCUUAUUACAGAAUUUGAAGCCCAGCAAGAGGAGGAAUGCCCAUAUGAGGCUUUGUGCAAUGCAACAUCACACUCCAUUGAAGGGCUGGACAGUUUGAAAGCUCCAGAUGUGGAAGCAAGUUCAGGUCAAGAAUUAAUAAAGGAUUCGGAUGUGAAGGAAACUCGAGAAGACCCUGAAGAGGAUGAGAAUCCCUAUGAAUUUUUACUGACUGCAGAAACAAAGAAAUUAACCCAUUUGGACAACUUCCAAUAUAAAGCAGAGAAUACAGAUGUGACAGCUGGCUCUGCUUCUGUAUCCUCUGAUGUGACAACAAAGCCUGGUCGAACCUUCACCUCUUCUCAGGAUACAGCUCUGCUUGCAUCUAAUGUUAACCAUUCAUUCAAGAGUCAAGAGACCAGCCUCCUAUGUGACCCAUGUCAGAGUAAACCAAACCUAGCACUCAAUCUUAAACCUCCAUCUGUGAUUGUUGCCACAGGUCACAUGAAAAGUGAGAUUGAAUCUCAAGACGUCAACAUUCCUGAACAGUUUUCGGGUCUUCUGCAUGGUUCACCUCCAGUCUGUGAGAUUCAGGAGGAUCCAGUCACACUACUAGCUGCUCUGAGCAAAGGGGGAGUGGAAACUGAAGCGAUGCUAAACAGAGAGUUGCCAGAGAGUCAACAUUGUGCAACAGUGCAAGCUGAGAACGCUGGCAUUAAGAACUCUGCUGCUGCAGACACUGUUGAACCAAAAGGGCAGCAGGUAAUCUAUAGUAACCUUCGUACCAUCAUCAACCAGACGGAACCAGACGUUUUAAUAAGCUCCAGACUUGUCCAACAUAAAGACAUUUUAUUCGGCAAGGGAGUAGAAAAACAGACAUGUACUUUGGGAAGAGUGCGGUUGAGUGGAAAGGAUAAAGUGGACCUUAAAUUAGCAAGAAGUUUGUCAAAAUCAGAUUCAGAUCUCAUUACCCGUUCUCCAUCUGAGGAGGAUAUGCUGGGAAGUCGCAGUGAGUCUCUUUCGAACUGCAGUUCAGUGAAGAAACAGUUAGAAAAAUCGCCAUCCUUUCAGUCAGAAUGGGAGGAGGAAAGCGUUGCAGUUCCCCAGUUGCUAAUGCAUGCAAAACAACAAAUUGAAACAUAUUGCGAGCAGAAGCCACUGCUUCCAAUACCUAAUCUUCGCAGAACUAAGUCUUUGUACAGUAUUGAAAAGAUAAUGACUUCCAUUGGUGCAGGGAUUGACAGUGACUUCAGAAAAGAAUGGCACAGUGCUGCAGGUUCACGGAUAUUGGAGCAGAGUGUUGGGCAAUGGCUUGAGUCCAUUGGAAUGACACAGUAUGAAAGCAAGCUGGUACUGAAUGGAUUUGAUGAUGUGCACUUUAUGGGCUCAAACAUAAUGGAAGAGCAUGAUUUAAGAGAAAUUGGAAUUCAUGAAGCAGGACAUCGACGAAAAAUACUUCAAGCUGCACGUUCUCUUCCAAAGAUUAAACCAUUUGGUUUUGAUGGAAAUAGCAAUGCUUCACUUGUAGGAUGGUUGGAAUCACUUGGUCUACAGAUUUACCAUCAGACCUUUCUGUCCAGUGGGUAUAAUUCAAUGGAUUGUGUGAAAAAUCUCUGGGAACCAGAAAUUAUAAAUGUUCUGAAAAUAACCUUACUAGGUCAUCGAAAACGAAUCUUAGCAUCUCUAGGCGAACGGCCCAAUGAAGAACCACCUCAGAAACCACCAAGAGCUUCACAAUUGAAGGAAGAUCGACGCGAGUCUCGAAUAACACUUCGCCCACCUAGUUUAGCCACACCAUACGCUCCUGUUCAGAAUUGGCAGCACCAGCCAGAGAAGCUUAUUUUUGAGUCCUGUGGCUAUGAAGCUAAUUAUUUGGGUUCCAUGCUGAUUAAAGACCUAAAAGGGACUGAAUCAACCCAGGAUGCAUGUGCAAAGAUGAGGAAAUCUACUGAACAAAUGAAAAAGAUACCAACUAUUUUCCUCUCCAUCACUUACAAAGGCGUAAAAUUCAUUGAUGCAUUUAACAAGAAUAUUAUUGCUGAGCAUGAAAUUCGCAAUAUUUCCUGUGCUGCCCAGGAUCCUGAAGAUCUUUGUACAUUUGCCUACAUCACAAAAGAUCUACAAACAAAUCAUCAUUAUUGCCACGUUUUCAGCACACUUGAUGUAAAUUUAACCUAUGAAAUAAUCCUUACACUAGGACAGGCAUUUGAAGUAGCCUACCAACUUGCACUGCAGGCCCAGAAACCACCUCAGAUAUCUCUUGCCACAGCUGAAGCAGAGUCCACAGAAGUGAGGACAUCCAAGCCAGUCCCCAAACCACGGUCCAGCAUGAGAAAAUCUGCUGUGCAGCCACUUAAUAGCAGAUGCUGUUACUGUCACACGUGCACUACUCACAGGCCUUCGCUUCCUCCUCUACCGCUGCAUUCGUUCAGCCAAGGAGUCCAGAUUGACAACAUUGAUCAAGAUUCUCAAUCACAUGGUGCUGUGGCAUGGAUAACUGACUCUAAGCAGGACUCCAAGAGGACAAUCAGUACAAAGUAUGAAACCACCAUUUUCUGACCACCUGGUGCUCCCACUUCUAUUCCGUGCCUUUGCACUGUGAAUCUGUUCUAUUUCUCCGCUUCCUACAGCGGACACUUAAAGCUGCUUUCACUCUCUUCUCAAAGGGAAACUUCAUACUUGAGCUUCCGAUACUCAACUCUGUAGUUGAAUACAGCUGCCUUCAACAUCUGGUGAUCUUACAGCCAUCUUAAAGCAAAGACUUUGGAAAUUACUUGGAAUCUUACUCCAUAUCUGAACUUUGAAAUACUCUAACCUCCCAGCACUGUGAGCUAUUGCACUGUUAAUCCAUCCAAACGCUACUAAAACGCAUAUGGCAAUGUUGCAUGCAUCAGCAUCUGUUCCAUUUUUUCCACAGCUCUACGUUUUUGAAAGGAGAUGUGUUAGAGCUACUAACCUGGUGAAUUUAAUGAGCUUUAAAAGACCUCAUCUCCUUUUUUAAACAUGCUGUUUAAGAACUUGCUUUCUUAAACUUGUUGAUUUAAACAAUUUCAAAACAUGCCUUAUCCGUACAGUCAUGUAGCUCAGUUAGUUAAACUGGGUGUGAAAGAUGGGGCCCAAAUCAGCCAAAUUGACACAAGAUGACAAAAUGCAGACUUAUUUCUAUGUUCUGAUAUUUUUAGAGUUUCUACAACAUAUUGUAAGUUUGGCCACAAUUUUCUUAUUGUAACUGAACUGGCUAAAUGACCUGUAGCCUCUUUUGACUGAAAUUUUCAUUUCAGAUGUUUGCCUCAGGAUGGGACAUGUGAAAGGAUUAACUUUUCUAAAUCUUUUCUGAUAUUGAAGCGCUUACUGAGCAGAUAUUUAACUUUUUUAUGUGAUCCAAUUCAGUAUUUUCUCUAAGUGAUCAAAGGAUAUUAAAGUUUCAGGGAUCACAUAAAACUGUUCAAACUUUACAACAGUCUAUAUAAUUAAAAGCUGCUUUAUUCAAAAUAUGCAAUACACAAUUUUUCAGGCUCUACAUUACUUAUGUUGUAUAAUACAAAUGAUUGAAUAAUACAGUUUUAUUUUAGGAACCGAAUCAAUGAAAAUUAUUAAGAGUACACUGAAUGCUAGAGUAGUAAAUAGUGGAUGUGAAGUAUUACGUUCAGUAUUUGUAUACACUUCAGUUGUUAUAGUAUGUCAUUGGCAUCAUAUGGAAUUCUUGAUUUACUUUCUCCAUGGUUCAGUUAUUUGAGUAUUUAUCUUUAAUUAGCAGGGCAAAUGGGAAUUUUUUAAUUGCUCUUGUAAACUUAUUCUAUUGCUUUAUUUUCACGUUUUGCUUUGUACUCUGAAGACCUCACUUUCUGAGUGAACCGUGUUUUUUUCAGUACCUGUAAUUGAGAUUAGCAAAACACUUUGCAGAGGUUAUAUGCAUAGUCAGCAAAUCAAUCUGUGUGCAGAAAACUGAUAAGUUAAUAUUUUUAAUUUGUAGAAGGAUCCAUACACAAAAUAUUAAUCUGUUUCUUACAUCCUGAUUCUCCCGCUGAAUUUUUCCAGGAUUUUCAGCUUUUGUUUCUAAUUCGCAGCAUAUUUAGUGUUUCAGGAGUUCUAAUAAUUAACAAAUAUUUGUUAUAAAUUGUUUGUAACAACUGUUCAUUUAUCAUUAGCAUCCAUCCUUGAAAUGGGACAAGUUAUUUCGCCAUAUAACACAGUUUAUAAUGUUGUCAACUCCAGACUUACAAUUUAUCACAAAUUCAACCUUUAGAUAUCUUAAUAAUCCUCAUGAGAAAUGGCUUUCCUUUAAAUAUCGCUAAGUUUGCAAAGAAGAACUAUUCAUCCUUGUUGGAAAUCCUGUAUUGCACUGUACAAGAUAGGCUUGUGCGAGAAAGUUGUCUUAGCCAUUGAUGCCUAAUGAGGUUGUUUCCUGCAUUGAUGCUCUGCCUUUGAAUCCAGUAACACAUUCAGCAAUGUUGUUUGAUAGCAUUUUAAAAGUGCAUUGAUAACAUGUGCAGCAAAGGAGGAGCUGUUAUGACCUUCCAAACUGAUUUCCAAUUAUGCUGCAUAAAAACCAUUCUUGUUGAUCUUGGAGGUCAAGCUGAGUGAGUGUGGUUUGCUGCAGACACUGGACUUUCUGUAGCUUUCAGCCAUUGUGUCUGCUCAUUUUGCUUCCAUGAUAAUUCAUUAUAUGACUUCAUUGGAAUAAUUAAAUUAUUCCCCCCCCCCCCAAAAGUGUCUGGUGAAUCAGUGUGUUGCACGAUUUCACAUUGUACCCCUUCCUUUGACUAUCUGAUGUACUUGUUGGUGAUUUAAACCUAAAGCCUAUGUAUAAUACUCAACUCUCAUUCUUUAUAACCACAAUUAAUUCAGAGAUUGCUGUGGCUUUGUUUGCUUGCCCAAUCAAACGUAAUCACUUCCAUUAGAAUUUCACCUUACUCAGUAUUAGCAAAAUGCAACAGUCCAUUUUGACAUUCACCAGUAAAUGACUCCAGUCCAGCACCUUGUCCAGUAGCUAAUUUGAAAAUGAAUCUUUGUCCUUGCCUGAGCUAAACAACCUACUUCAACUUUUCAUCUUUAUCUACUUUAAAUGUUGACCUUCUGGUGUAUCCCAAUAACGAAAAUAUUUUGGCUAUUUUAUCAUCUUUCAAUUUUUUUUGGCACGGACUUCAGUAAAUUUAUCUUGACACUUUUAUUAUCAAGAGGCAUAUCAUUUUUUAAAUCCACACAAGGAGGUUCUUGGUAUCCAGAUGAGUGAUAUCUCCAAACAUAAUUUUAAAUCCUGUAAAUUAAGGUUCUAUGAUGCUGGAUUACUCUGAAAACUUUUCUGAGAUGGAUAUUUAACUCAGAGCUACUCAUCUUUGAAAUUAUGAUGUUGUGUCAGAAUUCAGGUUGUAAAAGUGACCAUGGAUUGCUCCACCCACCAAUUCCUACUCUGUCCUUCUUUCUACCUUGUAAAGUUCUUCAAGAUACAAUAGAAAAGACUGCUGUUGUUGCUACCGCAUCAAAUAAUCUAAUUCUUUGAAUCUUCUGAUGGAUUCUCGGAAUUUAAUCUUGUACACUAACCAAUAUUUCAGAUGUUUAUCUUGCCCCAGUUUGGAAAAGGUGUCAGAUAUAUAUUGUUGAAAUGCUGAAACCUUACCUUUCUAUUUUGGAAAUGUAAGCAUUCUAUAGAUUAAAAUUUAUCUUUACUGUAAUCGGGGUGUUUUUGAAGUCCAUUAUUAGUUUAAUCAUUUUGUGGUGUGACCCAGGACAUUAAUUGGUGAGUUGAUCCUUCAGAAUUUAUAAGAGGAUUUAGCUCCAGCCAUUUAAUCAUGGAAAAAGCUGAGUCUUGGCAAUAUUGGUAAUCAAACCUCUCAACUUUGUCCCUAUGAUAGUAAAAUAAAACCGGCAUGGUUCAGUGCUGUAGUCUUAUGGUGAGCUAGAAGAAAUCAUGUCUAGAGUUGCAGAAGCCAUAUUUAACAUGUGACUGAUAACUAUUUUAUUGUGUAGGUGUACAUGUGGAUUUGAGCCAGUACUCCACACGUUGUCAUUAAAAAAAAUUCUAUUGUGUAAUGGGAAGGUUGCUACUAAAAGAAGAGGACUAAGUUAGUUUAUUGUAGCUAGUAAAAGGUGUUGUGGCUUCUUGUGGUGGGGAACUGCAGAAUGUGUAAGCUAUUAUUUGUUUUUCUUGAAGUGGGAAAAUUAUUCCAGUCCCCUAUAUGAAAUUGGAUUUACUAUUUAAUAUACAUCACUGGAAGACUUCCCAUAAACAGUAACAGGAUACAAAUAAAACUACAGAUGCUGCAAUCUAAGACUAAACCAGAAAUGUUGAAAGUACUCAACCAGUCUAGCAGCUUCUGUGGAAUUAGAAACCAGUUAAUGUUUUGGUUUAAGGACAAGUUGGUCUUAGUAACAAGUUGAUAGAGAGCAUUCGGUAGAGUAAAGGAAAUGUCUGUAAUACAGUGAUACAAUGGACAGCCAUUGAAUCAACAGUUAAAUUUCUUUGUAAACUUAGGAAGGCACCUCAUUUUUCAUGUGGGAAUGUUGAAGCCUGCAGGACUUGUUAAUGAAUUCUCCAGCUUCUGAUAACUUGCUCUUCAGUUAUAUCAGGACUCUCUAUUUACAAAUGACAUUUCUUCCCCUGCCCCUGAUACAGACACACCAUAUUUAUUGUGGCCUGCACAAUGAUUCCCAGAAAGCCACAUUAGCAACAUGUUCCACUGACAAUGGGUCUUAACUGUCUCAGGGCUGAAUAUUUUUUCUCUGUUACUGGCAUUUUUUUCUACCUUUUGUCCUCCUCCAUUAUCUGUUACUUGGACUAACUAACUUUCUCUCUUUCACAAUUCUGAUGAACUGAAAACAUUUAUCUGAUUUCUCUUUCCGCAGUUGCUGCUUGAUGGGUUGAAUUCUUCCAGUAUUUGUAUUUUUUUCCCAUGACUAUAUAAGGUGGAUGAAACUGAUGCAGGAAAGCCAAUUCAAAAUACAACAUCAAAAAUAAUUACAUUUGCAGAGGCAGCAACAAAAGAUUUUUUAAAAAUCUGUCUGAUUCUAUUGAUAUCUUUAAAUGACUGCUGACUUAAGUGGUGGAGCACAUAGGUUGUUUUGUAAAUAUGUAGUGCCCUUCCACCUGGUUUUCUUAAAUAUAUUUGGUAGCUUUUGGCAGCUAAGAAUGUGUGAUGAACUUGUUUAUUUAUGUAUUUUGGAUUGUCGCAAGUUUAGUAGAUGUUACCAUUCCUUGCUGGUGUAGUAAAAUUAAGUAGGAUAUUGAUCACAUGGAUCAUUUGGGAAAUAACAGCAGUAACCUUAUACUGCAUGUAAAGCUGUUCUGCUGUCUUUGCCAAGGAAUUACUUUUGCAAUUUCAGUUUACCAGAAAUUGUUGUGUGGCUUUUUAUAUAUAUGCACGUUCUGUUUAGGUUGAAUAUUGACAGAAGAUUUUUUCCAUGGAAGAAAAUAGUUAAUUUCUUCUUGGUGGAAACAGUUCAUUGUAAAUGCUGUUGUGCUGAAUGUUCCUGUCAUGUACUUUGGCAAUUUUAUAGUAAUUGAGUUCACUUUACUUGUUACAAUGUUAGUAACAGGAUUUUAAAACAAGGCUUUAGGUGCAAUAAAAAAAUCAGCAUAAGCACAGCCAUAAAUCUUAAUGUUCAUUUUAUAACUUGACAGCAAGGAAGGCUAUACAAUAAUUCAGUUGUUCAGUAGUUCCAUUUAAUAUUGGAGAAUGUAUGCAGUAUCCAACCUGAAAUUCUUACUCUUUGCAGAUAUCCACAAAAACAGAAGGGUACCCCAAAGAAUGAGUGACAGUAAAAACGUUAGAACCCCAAAGCCCCCUCCCAUGCACAAGCAACAGCAAAGCAUUGACCCUGCCCCCUUCCCACUUACUUCAGCAAAAAGCAUCAGCACCCUCCACCCACCAAGCCAAGCAAUAGCAAAGCCCCCCAAGAAAGACCAUGAUCUGCAGUACAACUCUAGUACCAUUGUUAAUUGUUAAGUGCCAGGUAUUAAUUUACUGUGAUGUGCCCAGAAAUUCAGUGGAUGACACUUUUUUUUCCUCACACCUCAUAUAUGAAAUUCCUGGAAUACAGCACAAUUACAAUAGAUUCAGGGUCAAAUCGUACCAUUCCAGAAACUCAACUGGUCAUUGUGAGUCAUAAAUUCCUAUUUCACAUAUAACUGAAUUUCACUUAAGACAUGAGUGUAAUGAUGUCAAGCAUUCUUCACCGAAAGAUUUAUGGAAGAAAAAAAAUACCUCUCAUUGUUCUGUAGUAUGCUUGUCUUUGAGAGCUCUCAGCCUAAUUGGCUGUAUUAUUUGCUAGGUUCUUAUUGAGAUCACCUCCGCAUGAAGGUGUUUUCUUACCUGUUUUCUUUCAAGUUGUCAAUCUGCUGUUUAUCUGGACUGAAUGCUGAAUUAACCUGAAAUAACUCCUGCACCAUCUUUUCUUUCCAACCAAUUAUAGCCCCUAAUCUUUUCCCUAUUACUCAUCACCAAACUUUACCACCAACAGUUAUGAUCUAAGGAUGUCAACUCACUGAUCCUUGCCCUAGCAGGUGGAGGGAGGAUCCCAGUUCACUGACUCCGGAACUGAUCUAUUUACAACUUGCUAUCAACUCCCAACUUUUACAAUUUGUAGCCUUUCCUGUUUGCAUCAUCAGGUUGCAGCCUCAGACAGACUUGGCUCCGUAUCAAAUACCUUGCUUACAUGAAUGGUUGCAUGACCAAGAUGAUCAUUGGAUCAUGUUCUCUGGCUUUUACAGUCAACCUUUACUAAUCCGACUACCUGUAAUCCAGCUCCUUCGAUAAUUCGGCACUGAUUAUGCUUAAUGUGAUUCUUCUGUAAUUCAGCAUCUUCACUAAUCCGGCACUCCUCAGGUCCUAAUGGUGUCGGAUUAUUGAAGGUCGACCUGUAUUUCACUUAAGUCACCAAUGAGUUUCUAAACCCUGAACAUCUGUUAGAUUGAUUAUAUGAAAUGAUUGUACACUUGUAUCAUUCGACGGUAAUGAGGAGAUUGGUCAAGGUAGUGUGUGUUGUGGAAUGAAAUCAAAGACUGAUGUGUCAAUAGCCAAGUCUCAAUUGAUAAAUUGUUUGAAGAGCUUAUUCCAAUGUGCACUGCUGUUUCUAACCACAUAAAUCCUCACCCUUCCUUGGCUCUAAGAAGGGUAAGCCUUGGAUAUCUGGGCUGUGAAUGUCUUCACAGCACUAAAGUCCAUCCACUAAUUAGUUUACCUCCUGUGUUCUUUCCAUCCGCCAUCUGUUGGACACAAGGGAUUUGAAUCGGACCUCAGGAGAUUAUUAGACCAACGUGAGAUUAAAAAGGCAUAUGGCAGAAGUUUAAAGCUCUUCAAUCCAAUGGUGCAGCUUUAAAACUUAGCAGAGGGUAUGCAUUCACAAAUUCAAGGCCUCAUCUCCCAAUAUCAGAAAAGAGGAUAUGCCUGGGAUCUCAAGAAAGGAGUCAUCUGUUCUUACAGUAACUUCAGAGAAUCUGUUUCUUGUCUGCUGGAGGGAAAGACAUCACGAAGAUCCUCACCCAAAACCUCCAGAAGAGCUGCUCUGUAUAUUUCCUCUAUUAAGAGACACAAUCUACAUUUGAUAACUCAAAGGAAUAUCAAGAGUAGUAUCAACCAUAAAACAUUGCACUUUUUUUAAUCGUUACCUGGAUUGUCUUGGACUCUCAGUUGGAAGAACCCUUCUUGAAUUUAGAUGCCCUCAGAAAUUUGUCUGCAUUUUCUACAGGCCCAUUCCUUUUGCAGGCUGUGUUCUAGCUAGGCUGUGUCAUUGCGUAAUCUUUUUCUCAUUCUUUCUUGGCACAAUAUUCUACCUCAGCUCCAACAGGCUUCCCACUGGAGUGAAGCCAAUCUACAAAAUGAAUGGGAACUAUUCACCCUAUGUUGUUGUACUCCAGUAAGAGCAUCACACAAUUUCUGCUGUCACGCUACAGGACUCUGCUCAUGCUUCUGCACAUUCAGAGGCUGAACUCCAAGUCACCAUCAAUUUGCUCACUGAGAUGUAGUAGGGAAUGUUUCAUACAUUCAGUAUCUGCAAAACAAAGAUCCUCCUACUGUUUCCAAACAGUGAUGAAUCAUGGUUAUACCUUGGAAAACAUAGAUCACUUAACAAACCACGUAAGUGCCUCUCAAUGAAGGUAUACAAUUCAACACCUCAUCCAAUGUCUGAGAACAGCUAUUAUUGCCAUCCCCCUGUAUGCUUCUGAGGGCACUCAAAACACAGGAGAGGUACUAUCAAGCAGUCCUGAUACGUUGUUUCCAGCUGAAAUAUCACCCAAUUCCUUUCCUCCCACAGAUAUCCUCCAGCAGGUUGUUUGAUACCAUCAGUACUGUUCAAAAUUCUACAAAUCAACUGCAAGGGUACGCAAAGCAAUGCUUACAUCCUCUUCCAGGCAACAUCCCAAGUAGAAAAGGUUCUAACCACAUUCAGCAACGUCUGAUGGUUGGACAACUUUGUUCACAUGCACACCAGACUUUCAAAAUGUAUGCUUCAUUAUGAACUAACCAUGCCAAAAGAUUUCCUGCAGGGCAGAACACUAAGUAUUCUUCAUGUGCAUCAUUUUUAUUGAACACCUGUUACAUAAGUGGAGAUUGACAAGCCACCUCAAAUGUGUCAUCUGUACUAGUGUGGAACUGCAGUCUUGAUGGCUAUCUGUACUUUUCUCUUGCUAAAACUGCCUUUGUGUAGUGUCGCAGAGCAUUCCUGUUUGGCUUAAUUGCAUUUUACAUCUCCUAAUCACAGUCUCCAGUCCCAGCCCGCUUCCCCCAAUAACACUGAUAAACAGGUGCAAGUAAUGAGCCAGUUUCAGAUCAGUAUAUAUUUCUGUUGUUAAUAUUUUAAUUGUUACUUGGAAUUGAACUAAGGUUACAUGAAGAUGGUGUCACUGAAAAACGUAAUGUUGAAGGUGGAAAAUUGUUUUGUUGAGGUUUAGAGAGAUACAUCAUCAACCUGCCUCUGCAGCUCACCAAAUCUGCACUGACCAUCAGGCAACCAUUUAACUAAAUCCUAUCCCGUGGCAUCUUUUUCUCACUGUUUUUGCAUCAUCAAGGUGCCCCAAGAUUCUGCCACUCAUCUACACACAGGGGAGGGGGCAGCGGAGCAAUUUACAGUGGCCAAUUAACCUACCGACUCGUAUGUUUUUGUCUUUGAAAGCAAACCAGAGGAAACACAACAGACAGAAGGUAAGUUCACACAUGUCACUGGAGGUCAGCAUUGGACCUAGGUUUCUGAAGUUCUGAGGAAGCAGCUGUACAAGCUGCCCUGCUCCACAGCUCACCAUGUUUAUUGUCCUUUACACUUCAUUUUCCCUCAUUAGGCACUUUCACUGUUUCUUGGCUGCAUCAUAGGAUAGUUAUUUAGCAUCAGAUCUUCAAGAAUAAAACCAUCAUGGCUAUUCUCACUCUCAAAAAAAUCUCACCUACUUCCUCAGGCUAGAGCAUUCAAUUCUGUUGAUAAUCACAUGUUUUAUCAUCUUAUUUUAAAUUACACAGGUCAAACCAUUAAAUUUUCUACAAAAAAAAGGUUGCCACUGAUAAUCCAGAAACAGUAAAAAGUUUUGUUAAUGCAUUGUUUAUAUAUAAUUUAUACUGAUUUACAUGGUGCUCAAAGUAAGCUUAAGCCAUAUUUCAUAGAAUAAAAACUCAAUUUCAUAGAAACCAUGUUAAGAUUAAGAUUGAACUCAGCCUUCAAUAUAUAUAGUAAGUGAAUCUACAAGAUAGCACAAGGGCUCUGAAAUAAAGCGGUUUUUACAUGUGAGAUAAACUCGAAAAUUGGAUUCCUUUUAUUGCCGAUCACUAAUGCCUUCAAUCAGGAAUGCUAGUUUAGGCAUUCAGUUGGCAAUUGUCAAUAAUUCUGUAAAAUUGAUUAUAAAAUGAGGCUGUUAAAAGUAAAAUGUACUUUUUGGAAGGGAAGUGAAAAAUACCUUUUUUGCUUUGUUGAAAUUAGGAAUUAAUAAUCUCUGUUCUUUAGCAAGAAAAUAUUAAUUACUUGUGCCCCAUAUUUUGUGUCGACUUCUAUUGUCUCUUCUGUUGAUUACAUUUCUGUACUAAUCUGUAAUUUUUCAUUGAUUGUAAUGGUGAAGCAUUGCCAUACUGUGAACCAGUUCCAUAUAAUCGGCUCAUCUGAUUUUUUUGGUUUAAGUAUUAGGACUGCUUUAUUCAACUUAAUGAUUUGCUGAAGCACACCCAAAAAGUAGUUUUGGGGGUGAGAAGAAAUUGACACAAGAUUGUUGGUCAUUUCUGCAAAGGCAUUGCAUUGGCUUAGCAGAGAAAAUAAUGUGGGUUGACUUAAAUCAUUCAAAUUGUAAGCAACUUGAGUGAAUACAUCUAAUUUAAUUCUGUGCUUAUAUGUCUUGAUUCUGUGUAACCUUCAAUACAUUCACAUUACAUUUUUUCCUUUUCAUUUUGUGCCCCAUUCUCUGACUGUCAAUGUGAUCCAGCUUCAUUUCUGAGCCUUUCCUGCUAAUGAUAUCUAAAGGCUAGUUCAGUGAGUAAAUUGCCCUCAUGUCUCAUGUCUUGAUUAUUAUCUCUCAGAUAAAGUAACCUUAUCUGUGGCCUUUGGCUAGAAAACAUUGAUUUCUAUCACCUUUUCACUCAUCUGAAAGAUCAGAUGAUUAUUUUCUUUCUGACUUUAAACUUUCAUUCAAGCAUUGAUGCAGGUUUUGCAUUCUGAAUAUCAAACAGUUUUAACAGCAAAUAAGUAUGUUGAGAGACUGUUACUCUACUCUCAUGAAUUUGGCAUUAAAGUCCAUGUAAAGCAGCAAGGUGCUAGACUUGUGCACAACUUAACAUAACAGAACGUAGAUCUGAUGCAAUCAGGCAGAAGUGAAUUUUAACACCAGACAUUACUUUCAACGCUGAAAAUUUAGCUUAACAAAUACAGAAUUUCCUUCACAAGUUUAGUUAUUCUUGGAGCUGAAAUGCUUUCUGAAUUUUUUUCUGGAACACAUCAUUUAGAAUUGACAAUUUUUGGUCUAAUCAAUUCUGGUUUUUAUCCUUCAGUCUAUUGAGAAGCUGAAUGUUUCUUCUUCUGCUCACAAUUUCUACAGAUUCCCUAGAGAGUAUCACACCAGAUCAAAUAACUGGUGAGAAUAAGUUAAACUGUCCGUGAGCAGAUAUUAAUAUACUGAACAGUGAGCACUAUUUAUUUGUUGAGUGUAACAUUCAUACUUGAGUAAGUUACAGUUAAGAUUGUAAAAAAUUAUCUUCAGGUAGAAAAGAAGAGAAAUUGCAUGCCAUCUAAUAGUCUCAAAAUAUUCAAUAUGAAUCAGACUAUGUGAUACAGUAUGCCUUUGGUAAUGGGAUGCACUUCCUUGGGCAAAUCCAAUUUUAACCAGCUUUUAAUGCAUUUAAGAUGAAAUUGUCUCAAUUUGGCUGUUGGGAUCAGUUAAAUCAGAUUUAUUCCUUUCUGUUUCUUUUUUUUAAAGUGCCUAAAAGCUUUGCUGAGUAGCUAUGUUCUACCUAUUCCAUUUACUCUUUCAAUUCUUCUUUCUAAUCUGCAAUGCCACGUUGGCCUAAAAUGUGUUCUUAAAUUAAUUGCUUUAGAAUGCACAAAAUAUUCAGGAUUCCUACAUGGUUAUUUGUAGCCUUCUUUUGUGGAAAUUGUUGUAUUGUCUGGAACAUCCAAGUUCAGUCACUGUUUAAGUUUAACAUCACAUACAUUUUUCUUUUUGUUUUAA